CCACUUAAUGCCACUAGGUUUCCUCUCCUGCAGACACGUCUGAUCCAGAGAGCGUCAUAAAUCAUCAAAAUGCAUGACAACCGCGCACACCCUCUCCUGGCCCAGGUGCCUCUCACCGUCUCCCCCUUCAUCAGUCUGCCCACAUCCACAACCCUCCCCUACACCUACAGGCCCAUGCCCUCCACCAUCCCUCCUUCUGCCACAGGAAUAACUUCCACCUCGUCUGCUUCUGCCUCGGGCCCAGACGGCACCGGCAUCACCACUGAGGGCGGCGGUAGCGGGAGGCCCCGCUAUGUUGUCAGCCAGUCGGGUCACGCCGCCCACCCGGACGACAUCAUCGCCUCGUGCCGCGCCCUUCAGGCCCACGUAUCGAAGCUGCAGGCCGAUGCCGAGCAGGAGCUGCGCGACCUCGACGAGCGCAUCCGGUCCCGCGAGCUAGCCGAGAAGAGGCGCGUCGCCCCGGGCUGGCUAGACAGCGACGCAAGGCUCCUAGAGCCCGAGAGGGCCGGUGGGGAUGGGAAUGGGGCAGGCAUGGACCUGAUGACCGGUGAUGGCGAUAUGGCCGCGCAUGAAGACGAAGGCGCACAACUGGAUCGAGCCUUUGGCGAUCUGGCACUCAGGCCUAAAUAA